AUGAAAUACAGGAAAGAAAAAGGUGAGAUUGUUGCGUACAGUGAGAAUGCAGUUCGACAUAAUCUGGCACUUUUAGAGUAUUGUCGAACUUCAAUGGCAGCUUUAUCAGGAAGCACUGCCGGAAUUCUUGGUUUAACUGGUCUUAUUGGAUUUGCCUUUUAUUUUAUAAAUGCAGUAGUUCUUUGGUUGUUUCUACUUGCUAAAGCUGGAGCCGACUGGCAGAAGUAUUUUCGAAGUAGAACUCAACUCUUAACUAGUGGAUUUUUUGGUGGUCUGAUAACUUACAUCUUAUUUUGGACAUUUCUAUACGGAAUGGUUCAUGUUUAUUAA